GACUUAGAUCUUAUCGAUCCGGCCGAGUGCAAAGCCGAGUUUCGCGUUGAGAAAAACGACCUGCCUCUUCUCUGCAAUGCGUUGAGGAUUCCCGAGACCAUCGAGUGCAGACAAGGGAGCAUUUGUGAUGGCAUGGAAGGGCUUUGUAUGCUUCUUCGUCGCCUUGCUUAUCCUUGCAGAUAUUCGGAAAUGAUAUCUCGGUUUCCCAGACCGGUGCCAGUGCUAAGUAUGAUCACCACAACUGUGAUGGACUAUGUUUAUCAACAACACUAUCACAGAAUCUCCCACUGGAACAGGUUUUUAUUAGACCCAAGGAAACUUGAACAGUAUGCAAUGGCAGUCUCACAGAAAGACAGUGCUUUGGACAACUGCUUCGGUUUUAUAGAUGGGACGGUUCGGCCAAUUUGCCGCCCUGGUGAAAAACAGCGCAUCAUUUAUAAUGGCCACAAAAGAGUGCAUGCACUCAAGUACCAGUCUGUGGUUGUGCCAAGUGGAAUGAUAGCUGUUAUGCAUGGUCCAUUCGAAGGUAAAAGACAUGAUGCUGGGAUGCUGCAUGAAUCAGGCUUAUAUGAUCUACUUGAGCAGCACGCAUUUUCAACCACUGGGCAGCAGAUGUGCUUAUAUGGGGAUCCAGCCUAUCCACUACGAGUCCAUUUACAAGGGCCCUUCAAACAUGCAAAUCUAACAGCCAAUGAACAUGCAUUCAAUCGUUCAAUGAGCGCAGUCAGAACCUCUGUUGAGUGGAUAUUCGGGGACAUAAUUAAUUACUUUAAAUUCCUUGAUUUCAAAAAGAACUUAAAACUUCAACUGAGUGCUGUAGGAAAGUACUAUCUUGUUGCAGCCAUUCUGAGAAAUGCUCUAACAUGCCUUUAUCCAAAUGAAACCUCAAAGUUUUUUGAUGUAGAACCACCAACUCUGGAUGAAUAUUUUUCAUAAGACUGAAACAUUGACCAGCACAUGUCAUGUAAAUAAAGUAGUUUAAUUGAAGACAUCACAGAAAACAGUAACUAUAUUUUUCUUAGGGAGUGUUCAUUAUUUAUGGAAUGUACUGGGUCACAAAAUUUUUCCUCUUCCUCUUUAUGGACUGUGAAAUUUUAGUGGGAAAACAAGUCAUAGUAAUAUAUAAUUCACAAAUAUUUGGAAGGGUAUCAAAAUUUUAUGUGCUGAACAAAACAGGCCAUGAAAAUGUUUAAACUUUUGUAAAUUACCUUCCAGACCCAGUA